AUGAGCAGCACUGGCCUUUUUAUCGGCCAUGAUAAACGGAUAGACUCCAAGCCUCAUAACAUAACUCCCAUUGCAAUUAAGCAGCAAGUAAUGAGCCACAUCGAUUCUUUUCCAAAAAUCGAAUCUCACUAUUGUAGACGAGACUCAAAAAAAGAGUACCUCUCACCAGAACUAAACAUUUCCAUAAUGUAUCGCCUAUAUCAGGAAUAUUGCGAAGAAAAUGAUAUGAGUCCUGUAUCUAGGUUCGUGUAUCAAAGUAUAUUUCAUGAACAUGACCCACCGCUUUCUUUUUAUAAGCCAAAAAAAGACCAAUGUACUGUAUGCAAUGUUUUCAAGGCAUCGCAAAACAAAGAACCUUCACGUGCCAACUUCGAAAACCAUAAACGUCGAGAGAAGGAGUCACUAGAAAUGAAAGGGAAUGAUAAAAAACGUGCAGUUGAAAACAAGGGAAGAGAGUUCAGAGCAAUCUCUUUUGAUUUGCAAGCCAUUUUGCCCAUUCCCUUUGCAGGUGAUAGUCAAGUAUAUUAUAAAUCUCACCUCAAUGUAUACAACUUCACAAUCUAUGAUUGCUCGAACAAGGAUGGUAUUUGUUACGUAUGGGAUGAAACACACGGCAGCAAGGGGAGCUCGGAAAUUGGAACUUGUCUUUAUAAGUAUUUGCAAAGUUUACCUCAAACUGUUGAACACGUAGCUACAUUUUCAGACACCUGUGGUGGUCAAAACCGCAAUAAGUUCGUUAGCGCUGCAAUGCUAUACUCAGUUAGUAAGCUGACUAAUUUGAAAACCAUCGAUCUAAAGUUCAUGGAGUCCGGACAUUCCUAUUUAGAGGCCGACUCCAUGCAUGCCACUAUAGAAAGAGCAAGGAGACAUACAAAAAAUUAUACUACACGUGAAUGGUGUCUACUAAUAUCUGCUAGUAGACUCAGGCCACGACCAUACCACGUAAAUAACAUGCAAUAUUGUGACUUUCUCGACCUACAACAACUUGUAGAAUGCAUUGUUAAUAAUACCUCGUUGAACAAUAAUGGCGAAAAGGUAUCUUGGAUCCGUAUUAAAUGGUUGCGUUUUGAAAAGCGCAGCCCAAAUAUAAUCCAGUAUAAAUAUGACCUAUCAGCGGACUUUUUUUAUGAAAUAGACGUGUCUGCGAAUAAACGAAGAUCAGGCCGCAAACGGUCAUGGGAUUCAGUGCAAUUAAAAAGAAAAUAUGCUACCCGUCUUCCUAUUUCAGAGAAAAAAAAGUCUGAUCUCUUGUAUCUCCUUAAUCACGAAACCAUCCCAAUGGAUUACGCAGACUUUAUUAACAACUUGCCUUCAACUUCGGAUCUUUCAAAGCUUAUGCUACAUUCCCAGUCUGAAGAUGAUCAAUAA